GGCCGGUUACCUUUCCAUUUUUAUCGUUCAAUGCAUGUCGUUCCAAUUCGAUUCCCCUUCCCUUCUCCACUAGGGUUUGCUUCUCUCACAUCGGCUCCAGCUGAGCCGUUGGCUCUGGCGGGUGAGAUCAUACCUCUCGAAUCUAUUGCGCUACUGGAGGAUUGACGAUGAUGCCGGAUGAACCGGUGCCUUCGAGGUACGUGAAGCUCACCAAGGAUCAGGAUGCGCCGUUGGAGGAGAUCCGCCCUGGAGAGCUCAACCAGCCCGUUCACGUUCCUCAGUUGGAAGUUCGCCGAUGUAUCGAAUGCGGGCAACCCUUACCGGAGAGCUAUGAACCACCUGCAGAUGAAGCUUGGACAACUGGCAUUUUUGGCUGUGUUGAUGAUCCUGAUAGCUGUUGGACUGGGUUGUUCUGUCCUUGUGUGUUGUUUGGUCGCAAUGUGGAGAGGCUUAGAGAAGAUACACCAUGGACAAGUCCUUGUAUUUGCCAUGCUAUCUGUGUUGAAGGUGGCAUUGCACUUGCAGUUGCUACAGCAUUUUUCCAUGGAAUUGACCCAAGGACAUCAUUUUUUAUUGGAGAAGGAUUAGUCUUUGCAUGGUGGAUGUGUAGCAUCUACACUGGUAUAUUUAGGCAAUCUUUGCAGAAGAAAUAUCAUCUAAAGAAUUCUCCUUGCGACCCUUGCAUGGUUCAUUGCUGCAUGCAUUGGUGUGCCAUCUGUCAGGAGCACCGGGAAAUGAAAGGUCGGCUAUCUGACAAUCUUGUCAUGCCAAUGACGGUUGUCAACCCACCACCCGUGCAGGAGAUGAGUGAUCGAAACAGUUCUGCAGUCCCUGGACCUGGUACCCAACAGAACAGCCAUGCUGAAGUGGAGACACAAGUUUUAUAGUUUGGAGUGAUUCUCAUGUACUUGCUUGAGAACAUCGGACAGAAUAUAAGGUAACAAAUCAUUCAUUUAGGUUUCUUUUCUUGUGGAACCUGUUGGCAUCGAUAUGAAUGAACAUCAUGCAUUUGGAUGCAUCUUGUGGUUUAAAUGGGUAAAUAUAUGGCCAUUUGCUUUUCAAUCA